AUGAGGAUGAGGACGCUGCGAAACUCUCGGCAGCUUUGGUCGCGGACCAGACUACUCGCGGUUCCCCCCGAGUCCUCGACGUCUCGCACCUCCGACUCAGCCUCGGGGCUUUCGAGCUCUCGCAAGAACCGUUCCAGCCACUCCAGAGAGGAUUCGGCAAGUGAGUCAUACUAUGGAGUCUAAGGAGACAGCUCAGACGAGGUAUUACCUGACAACAUCGUCUCCGUACCACUCCUGGCUCAGAAGAUUUGGACCGGCGGCAUACCUCGGCUGCGAGCUCUCUCGGCGGCACGCAGAACAACGAACUGUCGAACACGACGCGCAAAGCACUUUUCUCAAACAUGAUACUCACGACUGAAGAGCACAACGAGCUCAGUCUCAGGCCGCUCGUUCCUCGCAAGUAGAAAUCCGAAUGGAAUUUUGUAAGCAAACUUCCUGUCCUGUAGCUCCCAAGGUUCAUUGGUACAGAGCCUGUUUCAGCUCCUGCACGCCCUGAAGGUACUUGACCCCUUCCAGCUUGAGGUUUGUCGAAGCUGCGUGCUGCGCUACGUUCUGUUUCGUCCUGUGAUCGACCUAACUUUUAUUGGUGCGGUCUAUCAACAGAAGCAUGACUGGGCUCCACGCAAAUAUGAACGCUGUCUCGCUGUCAUCGAGCGACCUUACGGUGAUGCGCCCUCGUCAACUCACCAUCAACAUCCGUCGGAGGUGACAGUGGGGAUCGAAUGGCGUCCAGAAGUGCCUCACACCCUUCUAAAAGCUUGGAGUCAGCCCGCAAAGGUUGACCUGUUGCGGAAGUUCUACGAAUUGCCAUUGUUGCUCGGGGGCCUGCAAAAGAGAUUGGGGAAAGGAUGGCGAACUUGGGUACGAGAAGCUACAAGACCCGGGGAAAACAUGCUCUACUCAACUCAAGGUGAUCAUCCCGGAUAUAAAAUCAAAGGAUCUUGCUCACAUUCGAAGGGGAGCGUGGGCGUGUCGGCCUGGCGAAAGACUUCUUGA